GUUGAAUACCUCGAAGCACGCUCGCGGCCUGCGUCAAAGGCAAAUUGACUGCGUCGCAGCCCUUCCUGGGAACUCACCUCCACCACGAGCCACGAUGGCCUCCCUGCCGACCGCCGUGCGGUCGACGGCACCUAAGAUCGCGAGAAACACGCUGCAGCGCCGGACCAUUGUUUCCGAUGUGCACAUCACGCGCACCGGCAAGCCUCUCAUCCGCACAACGGGCGGCCGCUCAUCUCUCGGCGAACACACCGCUACCGUCUUCGGCGCCACGGGUCAACUCGGUCGCUACAUUGUCAACCGGCUAGCAAGACAAGGAUGUACAGUGGUUGUACCAUACCGCGAGGAGAUGGCCAAGCGCCAUCUCAAGGUUACGGGUGACUUGGGCCGUGUUGUGUUCAUGGAAUACGACCUGCGGAACACCCAGUCGAUCGAGGAGAGCGUCAGACAUUCGGACGUUGUCUACAAUUUGAUCGGCCGGAACUAUCCCACCAAGAACUUCUCCCUGGCUGAUGUGCACAUCGAGGGUACCGAGCGGAUUGCAGAAGCCGUUGCCAAGUAUGACGUUGAUCGCUACAUUCACGUCUCGUCGUACAACGCGGACCCCAACUCGUCGUCGGAGUUCUUCGCGACAAAGGGCAUUGCUGAGCGAGCAGCGCGGGAAAUCUUCCCUGAGACCACUAUCGUCCGCCCGGCACCGAUGUUCGGCUUCGAAGACAACCUGCUGCUGAAGCUCGCUAGCGUCGUGAAUCUCUUCACAUCAAACAACAUGCAGGAGCGUUACUGGCCGGUGCAUGUCAUCGAUGUUGGUGAGGCGCUGGAGAAGAUGCUGUACGAUGACAGCACGGCAUCCCAGACCUACGAGCUGUAUGGCCCCAACAACUACUCAACAGCGGAGAUUGCCGAGCUGGUCGACCGGGAAAUCUUCAAGAAGCGCAGGCAUAUCAACCUUCCUAAGGCAAUCCUAAAGCCUCUGGCCGGGCUUCUGAAUCGCGUCCUUUGGUGGCACACAUUGUCUGCCGACGAGGUUGAGCGCGAGUUCCUCGACCAGGUCAUUGACGAGUCGGCCAAGACGUUUAAGGACCUGGGCAUGGAGCCAAGCGACAUCGGCAAGUGGACUUAUCAUUACCUGAAGCACUACCGCUCGUCGACGUUCUACGAUCUGCCGCCGGCGACGGAAAAGGAGAUGCGGGAAGAGAAGAAGUACAUCCACGUUCUUGACGACACCAAGGGUUUGUGAGAGAGUGCGGACACCGUAGAGUGUAUAUACCGAUGCAACUAGACCUUUAUGUCCUUGAAUCGACGGACUUGGAACCCAAGAUCAGUCUUGCAAAAGUGAGAGCUGGUAAUGCGUGUAAUCGUUGCUGAGUGGUGUGUCUUGCCAAAGUUUCAGUUACGCCUGAAGAUGCCGCCCUGCUGUCUUGUCAAAUCUGAAAAAGUGGCU